AUGGUCCUAACUUCACUCACACUCGUCCAACAUGUUAGAGCAAACUCAUCAACCAAACCAGACGUGCCAAAUUACGCAGCCCCAUUAAUGCGUUUCCUUGAAAGCUCUGAUGACGUCCAUCAUAUGAUGGACGAAAGCUCAGCCCAUUUUCACCCUAUACGAGGGAGAAAGUCUUGUGGACUGCGUCAACAUGACUAUCGUCUAAAAUCUAACGAGAUUCAUCCGUCCUCAUCUGCAUGCGCUUUGUGGCUCCAUGGCAAUUCUGCAAUUAAAUACGAUAGCAACGAUAGUGGAGGUGUUGGUGUCGGAGUUGUUGAAGUUGUUGGAGGUUGGGAUGAUGGUAGUGAUAGUGAUGUUAGUGGAGAUGACGGUGAUGGCGGUCGAGUUGGUGAUAGUAGAUGA